CACACAGACUGCUUCGCCCUGCAACCUGGGAGGCGAGGCGACGAUGCCUUUCUUGCCCGGGGGGCGCUGGAGUAGGCAGGAUUGUGCCUCCCUCGCCUGGGCCCCCCGACCUUCGAGACGCACUGCAAGGGCCGCACCAUCACGCAGGUACUUGCGAAGGAGUGUGGUGGCGGCCCUCGCGACGGGAAGUUCGACAGCAAGGUCAUCGGCGAGGGCGUCAACGAACACCGACUCGUGGCAGCGCUGCAGGGCCGCAAGCUCCAGAGGGCGCGGCGGCGCGGCAAGCAGCUUUGGCUGGAGCUCUCUGGCACAGGGCCGGCACUCCUGCUCCACCUCGGCAUGACCGGUGCCAUCCGGAUCUUGGGUGCGAAGGGCGUAGCGUACAAGCGCUUGAGGGAGGAUGCGCAGUGGCCACCGCGCUUCACCAAGCUGCUGCUGAGCCUCAGCGGGGGCAAGGAGUUGGCGCUCACCGACCCCAGGCGCUUCGGCAAGGUCCUGCUCCGAGAGAGCCCAGAGGAGCAGCCCCCGCUGUCUCUCCUGGCGCCGGACCCGGUGACGGACGCGCUGCCGCUGCGAGAGUUCGUCGCCGGCCUGCGGUCGGCCAGGGCGCCGGUGAAGGCCCUGCUGCUCAGCCAGGACAAGCUGGUCUGCGGCGUGGGCAACUGGGUGGCCGACGAGGUGCUCUUCCACGCCGCCGUGCACCCGGCCACGUCCGCGUGUGCGCUCACGGACGCGGAGGCCCGGGCGGUCCACGCCGCGGUGCUGCGGAUCUGCAGGAUCGCGUGCAGCGUCUCCGCGGACCACACGCGCUUCCCGAAGGGCUGGCUGUUCCACCACCGCUGGGGGAAGGGCCGGGACUCCGCGGGGCAGGGGGGCAGCGCCCGCGAGGCGCCGCCGAAGGGCGCCGCGCUGCCGGACGGCAGGGCCAUCGAGUUCUCGGUGGUCGGCGGGCGCACCACCGCCUACGUGCCCGCGGUGCAGGGCAGCUCGCCG